AUGGGCUAUCCGGGCAUGGGCAGUCUCGACACGCCGCGCACCAACGUGGGCGACGCCACCUUUCUGAACCGGCCGCCCGACUUUGACGUCUCGCAAGAGGCCACAUUCCACUCGCCCACUAAAGAGGAUGACAUCUUCCACCAGAUGCGCAAUGGCGGCGGCCGCCCGAGCCUGCGGACACCCCGGGGCGGUAACAAUGCUGCCGGCCGUGCGCCCUUUAGCAAUCGGCUGAACCUGCCGGCUGGCAUUGGCGGCGUCGAGUUCACUCCGCUGCUCAAGUCAGCCACGCGCAACAGCGCCCGCCGGCCAGCCGGCAAGGAGAACGGUGCCACCGGAGCCGUACCUUUCUCGCUCGACCGCAUCGACGAGGACUACUCGCGCAUCGGCUCGUUUGUCGAGAGCACGCCGCUGCCCAACAUCGACAGCAGCAGCAUCAUGGCCGCCACCCCAAUCGCCAUGCGACAGAACAAUACCUCCUUCUCGUCCAAGAACAAAGACGGUCCGCUCCAGGACGGCAACCAGCUUUCACUGCGCGAGCAGGAAAAUGUCAUCGAUAGGAUCGAAAAGGAAAACUUCGGCCUCAAGCUUAAGAUCCACUUCCUCGAGGAGGCUCUCCGAAAGGCCGGCCCCGGCUUCAGCGAGGCUGCCCUCAAGGAGAACACCGAGCUCAAGGUCGACAAGGUCACCCUGCAGCGCGAGCUGCAUCGCUACAAGAAGCUCGUCGCGUCUGCCGAGCAGAACCUUGAAAACUACCGCCGUGAGAUGCACGACAUGCAGGACAAGAUGGCCCAGCGCCACGCCGACAAGGACCUCCGUGCCGAGGUCGAACGGUUGCGCGAGGAGCUUGCCGCCAAAAAUGCCGACCUCGACGACCUCCAGCGCCAGGCCAACGCCCAGGCUGAGAAACUGCGCGACGACAUCGAGGACCUUGAGGCCGACGUCCGCGAAAAGGACCGCAUCAUCAGCCAGAAGGAAGACGAGCUGGAGGAGCUGCAACUCUCCAUGGAGGCCCGUCUCGAGGACAAUCGCCAGCACAUCCAGGAGCUCGAGGAAAAGGCCGGCUCGAGCGAGAAGCUGGACGAGGCCAAGGAGACCAUCGAGGGCCUCGAGGCCGACGUGCGUCGCCUCGAGCAGCAGUCCGACGAGAUGAAGACGAAGCUGGACGAGGCCGUGACCGAGCGCCAGCGCGCCGAAGACGAUCUUGAAGAGCUGCAGGAGGAGAUGGCCAACAAGUCCGUCCACACAAAGGGCCUGUCGCGCCAGGUCGAGGAGAAGCUGGCACGGCUGCAGACCGACGUCGACAAGGCCCAGCGCGAGUGCGCCCAGCUCAGCGAGAAGCGCGACGAGCAGGCCCGCGAGGCCGACGACCUGAAACAGAAGCUCAAGGAGUCCCGACAGGCCCGCGACGAUGCCGAGCGCGAGGCCUUAUCUGCCUCCACACAGCUCAAGGAGGUGCAGGCCGACCUCAACAUGCUGCGCGACCAGAAGGCGCUGCUGCAGACGCGCCACGACGCCCUGACCAACGAGUCGGCGUCGCUGCAGCGAGACGUCUCGCGACUGCAGAAGACCGUCGCCCAGCUCGAGGCUGACGUCGAGGCUGAGCGCCAACACGGCGCCGAGGCUGAGCGGAACACCCAAGUCCAGUUCCUGUCCGAGAUUGACCGACUCAGCAAGGAGAUCAGCAACCUGCGCACGGAGAUCGCCGAGAAGGAGCACCUCUAUGACAUUGACAGCGACAAGUGGGACACGGACCGCCAGCACCUCGAGGCCGAGCGAGACCGGCUGCAGCAGUCGAUCGAUCGGCUCCGUGAGGCCGAGGGCGCGCUCUCGGGCAAGGAGGCCCAGCUCAAGGAGCUGAUGGACGGUGAGAAGGACCGACACGAUGCCGAAGAGGCCGUGCUGCGACGACAGCUCGAGAGCGCCCAGAAGCAGCUGCAGCUGCGACAGGAAACGCUAGACAGCCUGCGCAAAGAGCUCGCCUCUGUGCGGGACGAGCUGCGCACGGCCGACGUCAACAACGAGACGCUCCGAGCCAAGGCAGAACGGCUGCAGGACGAGGUCGAUGCGCUUCAGGCGGCCCUGGACAGCGAGACCAGCAAGGCGCGGGCAGGUAGCAGCAGCUUCAACACGUCGACAGCGACAGCAGCAGCAACAGCAACAAGCCAACAGCUGGAGAGACUCCGACAGCAGCUGACCGAGUCCAGCGCCAGUCUCGCCAAGAGCAGCAAGGACAAACAGGAGCUGCAGCAGCAGGUGGCCGACAUCAACACGGAGCUGCACUCGCUGCGAUCAUCGCUGACAGAGGCCAAGGCAGAGCGCGACGAGAUGGAGGAGGAGCUGCGACGGGCACGAGAACACGAGGGCGAGACGUUCCGGCUAGACCACGAACGCAUCGACCUGCGGACGGCAAAGAUGAAGCUCGACGGUGAGGUGCGGCGACUGCGCGAGGAGAACAAGGCGCUGGCCGAGCAGUGUCAGACGCUGGAGAAGACGCUGGAAGAGGAGCUGGACAAGGCCGCGAGCGAGGAGGAGCGGUUGGGCCAGGAGAUCCGGGAACUGCAGAGCGAGCGGGUACGAUCAACGACGACAGAGAGCCAAGAAUUGCAGGCGGCACGACGAGCGAUGCGCGAACUCGAACGACGCAUCCAAGACCACGAGAUCAAGGCUGAGGCAGCAGCCGCGGCAGCAGCAGCCAAGAUGACACCGGUUCGUGGAGGCAGCAGUGCAAAUGUUGACGGCGACAACGACACGACAGGUGAGAUCGGGAUGCUGCGACGCGACCUGACAGAGGCACGAGCAAAGGAACGAGCCUACCUGCAGCGCGAAGCAGCCCAGAAGGACGCGGUCAAGACGUUGCGGCGACAGAUUGUCGACCUCGAACGGGCGGCCCAUGAGGCAGAGAUCAACCGGCUGAUGGGCUCGCCGUCGGUGACGGAAGAUGUCGAGUCGGCAGCAGCAGCCGCAGUCGAGGCAGCAGCAGAAGCAGCAACGCGCCAGGCUGAGAUUCGGCAGCUGCGAGACCAGCUCACGGCAGCGCAGCAGGCCGGCAACGAGCUGAGACGGACGGUGCGUGAGAUGGAGCGACGGGCGGCCACCUGGGACGCAGCAGCCGGCGAGCUGGACGCACGGAUGAGCGAGAUGGAAGAAGAACGUGCCGAGUUCGAAGCGCGGAUAGGCGAGGUCGAGGAGGAGCGAGCAGUGUUGGAACAAGCGCUGGACGAGGCACAAGAUGCGGCAGCCGAAACGGUGGCGACGAUGCAGAAGAUGCAGGUGAAGCUGGAGCGAUACCGAAACGAGCGCGAAGAGCUGGCCCUAGCCCUGGCGGACGCACAGCACAACGGGUCGAGCAGCGGGUCAGGAUCGGUGGCGGCGAGCGAGAUGAGCCGCGAAGAGCGGAGCAACCUGCAUGCGAUGCUGCGGAAGACACAGGUGGAGGCCGAGGCGCUGGAGCGCGAGCUGCGUGACCACCGGACGGCACUGGACGAGGCCGCGCGAACCGAAGACGCACUGCGGGUGAAGCUGGAUCGGGCCCGAAGCGAGCGGGCAGCCCAUCGAGCUGAUGCCGAGCGACUGCGCAACGAGGUCGAGGAGCUGCAGGCAGCCGCAGCCAGGACGCGGGCGGCCCUGCAUUAUGGGACGGGAACGUCGGCGGAUGCAAUGGCGGUGGCGAUUGGGAUGGCAACAGCAGGAAACGGCGAGACCAGUCGGGAGCUCAUCCUGGCGACAGCAGCCGCCGUCCAGCAUCACGAAAUCGACACGGACGCACUCGUACGAGCGGCCGAGGAGCAGAGCAUCCGUCACCACAAGGAGCUGCGUGGCUUCGGCAUGCAGGUCGAGUGGAUGCAGGCCCGGUGGGAGCGUGAGGCCCGAUUGCGCUGUGGUGCCGUGCUGGCCAAGCAGCUGCUAUCGCAGGAUCUGGAGAUGCGCAUCGCCUGCAACAAGGCCGACCUGCGGAUGCUGCAGGGAAUUCUGCGCCAGUUGGGCGUGCGCGAGCCGACGCUGCUAUCAGGAGGUGUCAGUGACGGUCGUGGCGACGGUCGUGGUUGCAGACCCAUCGACUGCAGAGCCCGAUGGCGACGUGCUCUCGUGGCUGUCUGCUUUGUCGUGCGGGUGCAAAAAGCUGCGGUCACGUGGGCUCAACACGAGGUCACGCGCCAGCGCCUGGUCGCAGCGGCUGAAGGCAUGCGUAAGGCCGAGCGGAUGCAGCAGAUGCGCACCGCAUGGCGACAGCAGCUGGCGGUGGCGACGAUGACGACCGGCGGACGAGCGCCGGCCGCGGCGACAGCCAUCAGCCGGACUUGA